GUGACCGGGAAGUAUGUUGUCCUGGAUAUAAUGGGACUGACUGUGCCACGCCUCUCUGUCUAGGAAGUACUACUUGCCCAAACAAUGGAACGUGUUCCGCACCAGAUCAUUGUCUUUGUGAGCCGGGAUAUACACCACCAAACUGCUCAGGUUGUAUCGUAAUGAAUAAAUGAGACGCGCCAUGAGAAAACCAACAUAGUGCGUUUGUGACCAGCAUGGAUCCAGAAAAGCCUGCGCAUCCGCGCAGUCUGGUCAGGAUCCAUGCUGUUCGCUUUCAAAGCCUAUUGCAAUUAGAGAAACUGUUAGCGAACAACAUGGAUGCGCAGGCUGGUCUUGAUCCAUGCUGGUCGCAAACGCACUAUGUUGGUUUUCUCAUGGUUCGGCUCAAUUAAUUAUAAAUCACGACUGUGACAGUUAAUGAUAAUUGUUCCUGUUUUAUAGAAAUUGUUGCCCUGACAAAAGUAUAGAAAUGUUUUCUGUUUCAUUAUAGUUAUAACAGCAAUCACCAAAAUUCAUAUUGUCCUUAUAAACUAGUGUUGCGUCAAUAGAAAAACCUCCGCGUCAUCACAAAACUACUCUUUUCAUUUAGCUAAGUUAUUUCUAGGUUUAUCAUCUGUAAAGUAAUAAAGAAAUUUCCAGUGCUAACCUCUCAUAUCAGGUGAAUAUACAUAUUUAACUCUCGAAACAAAUUCUGUAUUUCAUCAGCCCUGUGUUUUGGAACAACCUCUUGUCCAAAUAAUGGAACAUGUGUGGCCCCGGACAGUUGUCUUUGUGAGUCUGGAUUCUCAUUACCAAACUGCACAGUCACAAAUCAUGUCCAGCGCUUAUUUCGUUGCAAAUUGUACACUUCAAUUUCUGUUGUUUAUUUUUGUUACAAGACAUAGACGAAUGUCUUAACAAUACGCACGACUGCGAGCAGAACUGCCUGAAUACUCCUGGGUCUUAUCAAUGUUAUUGUGACUCGGGAUAUUCUUUAAGUACAAAUGGAACAACAUGCAACGACAUGGAUGAAUGCGAAGUUGAUAAUGGCGGAUGUCAGCAUACGUGCACCAACGCAGUUGGAUCAUUCCAAUGUAGCUGUUAUAAUGGUUAUUCAUUACAGAAUGAUAGCGUUUCUUGCCAAGAUGUCGAUGAAUGUGAAACUAACAAUGGCGAGUGCGAGCAUCAAUGCAUUAACGCAGAUGGAUUUUACAACUGCAGCUGUAGAGAAGGCUACGUCUUACAGGAUGACAGCCAUUCGUGUGUUGAUGUAAAUGAGUGCGAAAUAAACAAUGGAGGAUGUGAGCACUUUUGUACCAACACCAACGGAUCUUACAUUUGCAUUUGCUCUAAUGGCUAUAUGUUGCAUAAUGACAGUGCAUCUUGCGCAGAUGUCAAUGAAUGCGAUAUAGAUAAUGGCGGAUGUGAGCAUUUGUGCAAUAACAAACAGGGCGUUUACAACUGCAGUUGUAGAGAAGGCUACGUUCUACAAAAAGACAAUCAUUCGUGUGCUGACGUUAAUGAAUGCGAAGUUAAUAAUGGAGGAUGUGGACAUUUCUGUCGAAAUACAAAUGGAUCGUUCUCUUGCCACUGUUCACGUGGUUUUAAGUUGCACAGUGAUACCGCGACUUGCGUAGAUGUAAAUGAGUGUGAAACGGACAAAGGAGGAUGUGAGCACAUAUGUAAUAAUACGUUAGGUGCCUUCUAUUGUAGUUGUUUCGAUAAUUUUUAUUUGAAGGGUGACAAUACUUCCUGCGAAUGCACUAUAGGAUAUUCUCUAGGUACUGACAAUACAACUUGUGUGGAUAUGAAUGAAUGUGAACUUAACAAUGGAGGAUGUGACCAAAUUUGCGUGAAUGAAGAAGGGUCUUUUACCUGUGGCUGCAAAAACGGCUAUACCUUAUUUAAUGACGGAUUGGCCUGUGGGGAUGUGAAUGAAUGUGAACUUAAGAACGGAACUUGUGACCAACUUUGUAUGAAUGAAGAAGGGUCUUUCUCCUGCGGUUGCGAGAAUGGGUAUACUUUACUCAAUGACAGAUUGUCAUGUGCGGAUGUGAAUGAAUGCGACUCAUACAACGGAAGUUGUAACCAGCUUUGCAUGAAUGAAGAAGGAUCGUUUUCCUGUGGUUGUGAAAAUGGGUACACGUUACUCAGUGACGGAUUUUCAUGUAUGGAUGUGAACGAAUGUGACUCAAACACAGGAGGCUGUGACCAACUUUGCAUUAACGAAGAAGGGUCAUUUUCCUGUGGUUGUGAGAAUGGCUACUUUCUACAAGAUGAUGGUGUGUCAUGUGUGGACAUAAAUGAAUGUGACAUCAAAAAUGGCGGUUGUCAGCAACAAUGUAUAAACAUAGCGGGGUCCUUUUUCUGCAGUUGUGAUACACACUUUGCCCUAAAUGAAGAUAGGAUAACAUGUAAGAAUAUUACGGAACGUUCACUCUCUUCUGUGUUGAUCAUUGCGAUCGAUUCUGAAAUUACACGCGACCUUAAGAUGAUACACAACAACCUGACAGACAUGUCUACUGACGCUGAAGUUUAUCAACAUGUCAGGCUCUCGCUUCAAAUGCACUUCAAGAAGUAUACCAGGAGUUAUUUCUCCAUCGAUAUUCGCAGAAUAAGAAAGUUCACAUCCCUAAAGGAGGAGAAGAAAACUACGUUAAUGAUUAACUUUACAGUUGCAUAUGAAAAAAGCGAAAAAUUCAGUGACACCAAGGACCAACUUGUCAGAGGAACUAUGGAGCUUUUUGAUGGUACAAAGAUGUUAUACAACGGGAAAUCUGUUGAAGGGAAAUUACACCUACCAGAGAAAGUAUCUUCCGUUUGUGAUGCUUAUACAAUGAUAACUGGAGGUUGUGACAAAGGAUUUCAGUGCAAGGAUAGUGAUGACGGACCUCAAUGUCAAUACAUAAUCCCAGCGGAAGAAUACUUUAAAGACAAUUACGUUGUCUACAUUGUGCCAGUAAUCGUCGCCGCUGUGGUCAUUGUCGCAAUAAUAUUAGUAAUUGUUUUCAUCAGAAGGAAGAAGCAUCAUCUCGGCGACUGGUCAGUGAAAUACAGAAAACACAUAUACGAAGACGAUUAUGAUAAAGCGGUUGAAAAUGUGUAUGAAACCACUUUGUCAGAAGGAAGUACGAUUUCAUUUAGCAACAAACAAGUGGCAAGACCUUGGGAGGAAGGAAUCGAGCCGGAAGUGACCUGCUCACAAUCAACUAGGGAAGACCAGUGCGAAACAAUCACUGGACAUGUUGAGGAAUCACCAAAUGUACAAGAGUAUUACACAUUGAGUUUUCGCUCACAAUCAACUAGGGAAAACCCGUACGAAACAAUUACUGGACGUGCUGAGGAAUCACCAAAUGUACAGCAGAAGACGGCUGCACAAAAAGGAAAUACCACGACACAAGAUGGUGUUGAGCAGCACAUGAAUGAAGAAAAAGUAUGGACUUCACAAGAUUAGUGUAACGUUGAAGACUCGCUGAAUGCUUUUGGCGGAGUGCUGAAGCUAUCGCUUAAGCGCGUUGGCAAGGAGUCGUCUUAUGGAACGACAUAGCUAUUUUCUGACGGAAUUGUCUUCUAACUGAAUUUUUCUAUUGUCUGAGUGUUUUGUUGUUGUUUGUUUGUUUGUUUCUUUUUUGUUUGUUUUUUGUUUGGGUAAUUUUUUAUUGUCUGAUUGAUUUUGUGUUGUCUGACUGAAUUUAUAGAUAAACUGCUUGGACUUUGUCGUCAAGAAAGUGUAAUGUGUUGAUUCGUUGUCUGAUGGAAAUUUACUAAAAUGCUAAAACAUGUAUUCGUAACAGGAAAGCACAACGAAUUUAUUCACUGCGUGAAAUUCAUACAUGAACUAAUCCAGAAAAAAAUGUAAUUUCGUUUUCUGGAGAAAGUGGUUGAAUGCAAUAAAAUUUCAAAAACUACUAAAACUUUACUGUUUUUAUAUGCUCUCGGACAAUGUUGUAAUAAUUCAUCUAAAAACACUGAAUAAUUGUUAUACAUUCCAUAUUCCUAUGUUUCCUUAUGUUGCCUGUAAUUAUGUUAUAGUUACCUUUAACACAUUUAUUCGUAAAUAUAUGAUACAUAUACUUUCAAACUGUGUAGAAAAACUUUUGAAUUAACAAGAGAUGUAAAUAUGUUCAAUAAAACCUGAUUAACAAGUA